CCCUCCGGCUCAGUCGGACGUGGACACGCCGGGUCGUGGUGUUCCUGCAAAAAUUUGCAGGCAUGGCGGACCUGAAGAAUUUCCUGUACGCCUGGUGCGGGAAGAAGAAAAUUACUCCCAACUACGACUUCAGAGCAGCUGGGUCUAAACAGAGACAACGCUUUGUGUGUGAGGUGCGGGUCCCAGGUUAUGACUAUGUUGGUGCUGGUAACUCGACAAGCAAGAAGGACGCACAGACGAACGCUGCCCGGGACUUUGUCAUGUUUUUGGUGCGCACUGGUGAAGUCAGCCAAGCUGAAGUCCCUGCUGUAGAGGUUCCAACCUUGCCAGCUGUAGAGACGGAUGGAGCAGGACCGUCAGGUGCAGGGCCAGGUGGGCUGCCUGCAGGUGCUCCACCUGCACCACAUCUGGCUGUAGCAGGGGAACGGGGUGGUAGUCAGGUGUACGAGUACAACAAGCCCUACUCUGGCCGAAGUCAAGACUACCAGGAAUACUUUGAGAGAGUGGACAAGAGAAAAGUGGAAGAGGCUGAAACCAUGGAUCUGAAUGCUGGUAUCCAUGGCAACUGGACCCUGGACAAUGCCAAGCAGCGUCUGCACCAGUUCAUGCAACAGAACAGGAUCCAGGCAGACUAUAGAUACUCUCCCACUGGGCCUGACCACAACCGGAGUUUUGUUGCUGAGAUGACUAUCUUUGUCAAGCAGCUUCACCGAAACAUCAGUGCCCGUGAGCACGGCUCCAACAAGAAGAUAGCUGCCCAGUCGGCUGCCCUGUCCCUUGUGCGCCAGCUCUACCAUCUCGGAGUGCUGGAGGCCUACACAGGGAUCACCAAGAAAAAAGAGGCAGAAAAGGUGGAACACCAUGUGGUGUUGAACCCCCAGGUAGAGCAGCAGCUGAUGGGGGUACUACAGGAGAUGGAGCUGCAUCCUGUACCACCGCCUGCAGAUCCCACCCAGGAGCUGAGUCUCCUGACAGAGCAGAAGGAGCGUUUUGAGCCCAGUCUGAACAAGUCUGCAGCAGGUGUGGUGCCGUGGUCCCCUCCCCUGCAGAACUGGAACCCCUGGGCUGGGUGUAACAUUGAUGAGGGUCCACUAGCACAUAUGACUUUAGAGCAGCUGAACCAUGAUCUUCUGAACCAGUUACAAGACCAGAGGAACCAGGACCAAACCCUGCAGAAGAUGCUGAAGGACAGACAGGCCCUGCCCAUCUGGGAGUCAGUGGACCAAGUCAUGAAUGCCAUCGUCAACAACUCAGUAGUCAUCAUCAAGGGGGAGACAGGCUGUGGCAAGACUACACAGGUGCCCCAGUACAUCCUGGAUGACAUGAUCAUGAAGGGUAAGGGUGCGGAGUGUAACAUCAUCGUGACGCAGCCCCGCCGGAUCAGUGCCGUGUCCGUAGCGGAGAGAGUCGCGCAGGAGCGAGGGGAGGACCUGGGCCUCAGCACUGGCUACAGCGUCAGGUUUGACACUGUCUUCCCCAGGCCUUAUGGAGGGAUCCUGUUCUGUACUGUUGGUGUUCUCCUGAGGAAGAUGGAGGGAGGGAUGCGAGGGCUGUCACAUCUGAUCGUGGACGAGAUCCACGAGAGAGAUCUGAACUCAGAUUUCCUGCUGGUGGUGCUACAAGGUAUGGUGAGAGCCUACCCUGACAUGCGUAUCAUCCUCAUGUCUGCCACCAUCGAUACCAGCCUGUUCUCUGAGUACUUCGGGAACUGUCCUGUUGUGGAUGUUUACGGCCGGACCCACCCUGUGCAACAGUAUUUCCUGGAAGAUUGUAUACAGAUGACCAACUUUGUGGCUGCGCCCCAAGAGAGGAAGAAACGUAAAGAGAAGGAUGAUGAUGAUGCAGUUGGAGAUGACGACAAUGAGAACCUGAACAUGGUUUGCUCCAACGAAUACUCAGACCAGACAAAGAGGUCCUUGUCAAUGCUCAGUGAGAGAGAGAUGUCCUUUGAGCUCAUUGUGGUUCUCCUGCAGUACAUCAGAAGCCUGGAAGUACCAGGAGCGAUCCUCAUCUUCCUGCCAGGGUGGAACCUCAUCUUUGCACUCCUCAGAUAUCUGCAAGAACACCCAGAGUUUGGAGCCUCUGGGAAGUACCAGUUGUUACCCCUGCAUUCCCAGAUCCCCAGAGAGGACCAACACAGGGUGUUCCUGUCUGUACCCUCAGGCAUCACCAAGGUGAUCCUGUCCACCAACAUUGCUGAGACCAGCAUCACCAUCAACGAUGUUGUCUAUGUUAUAGACUCCUGCAAGGCCAAGAUGAAGCUGUUCACAUCCCAUAACAACAUGACCAACUACGCCACAGUGUGGGCAUCUAAGACUAACCUGGAGCAGCGGAAGGGACGGGCAGGUCGUGUCAGACCCGGCUUCUGCUUUCACCUCUGCUCAAGAGCCAGGUUUGAAAAGCUGGAGACCCACACAACCCCUGAGAUAUUCCGCACACCUCUCCAUGAGCUGUCCCUCUCCAUCAAGCUGCUGCGACUGGGAGCCAUCGGGCCCUUCCUGGCCAGGGCCAUCGAACCUCCACCCCUGGACGCUGUCAUUGAGGCAGAGGCUCUCCUCAGAGAGAUGGAUGCUCUGGACUCCAAUGAUGAACUGACUCCCCUUGGCAAGAUCCUGGCUCGCCUGCCUAUAGACCCUCGCCUGGGCAAAAUGGUCAUCAUGGGCUGCAUCUUCAGCUGUGGAGAUGCCAUGGCAGCCAUCGCCUCCAGCACAUGUUUCCCCGAGCCGUGGGAGGUGCCAGUGGAGCGGAGGCGGCUCGGCUGGGUCCACAAGUCGUUUGCCGGGAGCCGCUGUAGCGACCAUGUCGCCAUGCUGAUGGCCUACCAAGGCUGGGAGGAGGCACGGUCCUAUGGAGAAGACAGUGAGAUGAACUUCUGCCAGCGCAAGUCGCUGAACAUGGCCACCCUGCGCAUGACGUACGAGGCCAAGAACCAGCUGAAGGACAUCCUCCAGAUGGCAGAAUUCCCUGAAGAGUGCUUGUUGCCACACCACUUUGACCACACAGGACCAGACUCCAAGUUAGAUAUGGUGAUAUCCCUGCUGACCAUGGGUCUGUACCCCAACGUGUGCUUCCACAAGGAGAAACGUAAGCUGCUGACUACAGAAGGCCGUGCUGCGCUCAUCCACAAGUCCUCUGUCAACUGUAGCAACAGGGAACAGACCUUCCCCUCACCUUUCUUUGUGUUUGGGGAAAAGAUCCGAACCAGAGCAGUGUCAGCCAAACAGAUGACCAUGGUGUCCCCUGUGCAGCUGCUACUGUUCGGCUCCCGCACAGUCACCACAAAGGAAGGGGACAUCAAGCUGGAUGACUGGAUCACCUUAAAGAUGUCCCACACGUCUGCGGCAGCCAUGUGCGCUCUGCGACCAUCUAUGGACCGCCUGAUCGUGCAAGCCUGCAGCCAACCAGAGACCAUCUUGGAGCCACAACCGCUCGAUGAGAAGCUGAUUGGCUUAAUCAGGAGCCUGUCUAAGGCCAAUGUUGGUCAACCAGUUAAUGAGGAUGGGGAGGGGUCAUCUUAUGCUGGCUCAACAUAUGGUGGUGACUACAGCGGUCCUCCACGCAAGAGGUACCGGUUCAACACCCCUGAUGGUAGGAACGGAGGGGGGUUCCGUGGUGGUGACAGAGGCGGCUUCAGGGGGGGUCCAGGAGGAGGGGACUUCCGAGGGGGUUUCAGGGGCGGGUUUGGCGGUGGGCCACGUUUCGGUGGCGAUCGGGGAGGAUUCCGGGGCGGAUUUAGAGGAGGAUAUGGUAUGUGUCAACUUAUAGUACUUCAUAAAUGAUAUAUUGUGAUCUUA